CAGGAGCGUCUCGCCGACCUCUAUGGACCUGUUUGGGCAGCAUCCGAUCGCGUGGACGUGUGGACAGACGGCUCCGCAAGGAGUGUCAAUGACACUAUGUGCGCGGGUGCUGGCGUCUGCUGGGGACUGAACGCCACCGCUAACGUAGCCCUGCGCGUACCCGGAGAGUCACAGACGAACAACCGUGCGGAGCUGUUCGCCGUCCUUCAUGCCCUCCGUCAUGCAAACCCAGUACGCUCCCUCGCCUUGCACACCGACUCUACCUACGUCAUACAUUCCAUCUGCCACUGGGCGCCUCGUAACGCGGAACUGGGAUGGAUCGCCGCGCACAGCGACCUCCUGCAAUCAAUUCUGCAGGUCCUGCGAGCUCGAGGAGCACCCGUGAGGUUCUGCUGGGUGAAAGUACACGCUGGGAACGCGCUGAACGACUUGGCGGACCGUCUUGCGAAACUCGGA